AUGGGCACUGACUACGAUGGCUGUGACAACAUACGCUCCGUUCCUUGUCCGAGCCUCGGCCCGUCUGGCUUCGUCCGACGAGCCUUGGCUAUGCGAGACUUCAUGUCCUAUGGAUGGGGCAACCAAUGGGGCAAGGGCGGCUACGACCAGUGGGGCAAGGGUGCCUAUGACUCCUGGGGCAAAGGCGGCUACGGCCAGUGGGGCGGCAUGCCCAUGGGAGGGUACAUGAGCAUGGGCUACGGCAUGGAUCCGAUGGCCAUGGGCAUGCCGAAAGGCGGCAGCAAGGGCUCCGCCUACCACCAGCUCUCCAGGGGGAAGGCCUGUGUCGAGUUUGCAUCCGCCGAAGAGGCGACGAAGGCGAUUAGCACUUUGAACGGGACCUCCCUCGAUGGUCGGCAGAUAAAGGUCACCGAGUGGGUCGGUGGCCAGUCUCCACUGUCCAAGAGAGGUGACGACAAGUGCAAGGUCUACGUGGCCAACCUGAACUGGAAGACCCAGGGCUGGAAGCUGAAAGAGCAUGCCGAGACGGCGGGGAAAGUGGUCUAUGCUAAGGUCAUCAUGGACAAGGACCCCAAUGCGGAGAUGAUGAGCAAGAUGAGCAAGGGUUAUGGCAAAGGCUGGGGCGGUGGCUACUGGUGA